AUGUCUUCAGACGCAAGGAAAAUUGCAGCACGGACACCUGUCACCAUCAAUCAUUCAUGGUUAGAUCGCAUCACAGAGUAUGUGGAAAACCAUCCCACCACUCGACUACACCCGAGUAUCGAAAUAAUUCGCACUUUUAUCAACGACAUUGAAGCUACUUGGGAGAAACAGUGUGGAUAUUUAAAGAAAAUUGGACACAAAGAGCAACUCGUUAUCGUAGAAAAUGUAAUCUCUAAAAUAUACUUCACAACCACCGAAACACUGAUCAAACGGCACUGUAUUCCAAUAUUGGAUGCAUGUUAUCGCAUUGUGCUUGACUCAAACACUCACAGUCAUCUAACAUUCGCUCAGCAGUAUGAUAAAUACAUUACUCAUACACAGUAUACUAAUCACUGCGUAUGGCAGAAGGCGUUUUCAAUAUACUUGACACUAGACUUUUCAAUUGGAUUUGAUACAAUUCGAUCAGCCAUUUGGGAAACUAUCCACUUUCUCACCGAUUGUUUGACUACGUCAGUCGAACAGGCGCAGAACAUUAACGCACGUAAUAUGGAAGACAGCAUAAGAGAUAGUGCGUCGUCCUCAUUGGAAUUGGCAUUGUUGAUGGAUGAUGUACAGUAUGUUAUCAAGACGUUGUUGGCUCUCCUUUCAAAGUAUGAAGACAAGAUACGACCAUCGUUUGAAGUGCUUGAGAGACAUGCUGAACAAGGCGGAGGCGAUGAUGAUUAUAUUGACAAUCACUGCAAUGAUAAUAAACUACCAAACACUAAAGGGAUACUGACACUGACACGCAAUUUAAUGAACGCAUGCUUAGAAAUAUGUGCCAAUGAUAUCUACAUCAAAGACGUAAGUCAAUUGGCAGGAAUGACCUUUGCUGCAUGUUUCCAAUUGGCAGGAACAGCUUCUUUUAUAAGCACGCAAAUAUUUCUGACAUUCUUUAUCUAUAACCGUUCUGCCAAUACUAUUGCUUCGCUGUUGGUAACCAGAUUGCAAGUUAACGUACCAGAAUGUCUACAGUCCGACAGCGGUUGGACAAACAACAACACACCAAUGCUAUUCAUCUGCCGUGGAUUGUUAUCUAAUAUAGGAUAUGAUGUAUUGACAGCGCAUUUAGUAAAUGCUUCGAAUACCGAUGUUAGAGUGCUAAGGGCAGAUGUCGAGAAUCAUGUACCAAAGUCGCUUUAUCAUUUGCUAUUUAUAAGCGUCGCUUACUUCUGUGAAGCCCAAAUAUCACCACAAGUUAAACUGAUUGCAUUCGAAACUAUGGGGCUAUGGUUGACUGAGACACAAAAUAUAUUUCAAAGUCAAGAGAAUACAAAAGAGAAAAUAACUAUCAACUCAAACGUAGCUAAUACAAAGGGUGCUGGAACCCUCAAAACGACAUCCGAUCCUGUUCACGGCUGUUUCGUCUCUCUGACUGCUGAAUCCAUCGAAUCUCUAUUAACACCUACAAUUAUCUCUGUAUUAAUUUCUUACGUCUACAACUACUGGGAUGAUCCUAUCAACGCCAUCCAACACAAAGUAAAAUUUAUCUUCCACAGUCUUCUCGAUGUCCUCCAACUGAAGGCCACGCUUUGCUCCACAUUAUCCGAACAUGCUUUAUUUCUCCAACAUCUGAUGAAGCAACUCCUCGAAUUCGAUAAAUAUCGCAAGGUCAAGUAUUCACUCAUGUCGAUGUUGAUUCCGAGAGUAGGAGCGGAUGUUGUAUUAGAAAUGAGGAAAGAUGUAAUACAUGAAUGUAUCGAAGUAAUGGACAAUUUAGUUAUUGCGUCGAAGGCCUGCGAGGCUGUGAAGGUCUUGUUGGACGCGAAAAUGAAGGAGGUUACGGACCAGCGUAACGCCGGGAACAAGAACACUACUGCCGAUCGAUGGGUUGAUCUGUGGUUGGAGCCAGUAUGUCGUGCACUUUCGUCAGAUAAUGUCAAUCUUCGCAAGAAUAUUGAUAAUCUCCUUCUACCUCACUUAUUAAAAGCAACACCUGAAGCGUUUUGGACACUAAUUUCAGUAUUUCAGUCUGACUCCAACAAAGGCUUUGUCACUAAAGACGAGUAUCGACUCCACGCUCUAAUUACUACCAUCAAAGUAGGCCGCUCGCUUGACCUCAUUGACGGAGAAUCGCUUGUUAAUGGCUCUUCCGUUGAUAAAAAGAACAAUCGUUUGAUUCAUACACAAUUCUUAUAUGAUUCUAUGUAUCAUCCUGACAAAAUGUUACGUGUUGAUGCGUUGGGUCUAUUAUGUGAAUCGCACAAACGAACCAGCAGCAUCAAUUCUAUCGAGAUAUCUCUAUUAAAAGAGUUCAUUUCUCUCAAUUUGAAUUCGACUUUACCAGAAUUCAGGCAACGAUUAUUAGCGCAUUUUACUAAACUAUUUAGUCGAUUGCACGGCAAUCUAUAUGGUCAAUGGAAAGAAUACUUGGGGAAGAAGAAGGCGUACGGAGAUGUAGAGGCGGUAAUAAAGAUCAAACGACGAGUGGAUGAAAUAGAACAUUUUCUGAGAUGGCUUAUUCAUUUAUUGGUCCAACAACUUUACCCCGGAGCGUCGUACCAACGGGUAUCCACAUCACUAAAAUUACUUCAUCUUCUUAUUAAAUCUUUCGGGGUAGAUUCGACGCCACCACCUACAGGAUACACUAUUAAGCAUGGAAAAUUACCCGAGUUUCCCUUUCGACUUCCAUUUACCACUCCGCAAUUAAGCCUGACCUUGUUUAAUCUGUUGAUGAAUUCAUAUGUUCCAAAUAGACAAGAAGCAUAUGACGCGUUGCGUACUUUUCCGGCACCAUUACCGGGCAUUGAGAGUAAAGAGCAAGCACAGGGUGUGCUGAAUUGGGCAUUCAUAAAGUUGAAAAGUGGACGCGCAGCAGAGAGUGAUAGUGGCGCUAUGGUGUUUCGUAUUGUGUUUGUUAAGUAUGUGGUCGAGUUGGGAUUUGAACUGGAGGUCGACAAUGAGAUGUCUGGAGCUGGGACUGUAAAGCUGACUGGAGUACCGAGCGUCGAUUUUACAAAUAAGCUCUUGGACGUUCUUCACCGUCAGAUUACUUUUGCAUCCGGUAACCUUCUUGUCGCAUCAAGGAAACAUCCAAUUCAAGGAACUCUUCUUGCUCUCCAAUACAUAUUCCAAGAGCUCUCAUACUCUUCACCAAUCAUCAAGUCUUAUAUCAGCUACUGGCGCCAAAUACAUAAAUUCGCGCUGAAGCUAAUCAAAGAUGUCUGUGAUGUUGUAAUAGACGUUCUCUCAGCUGCCGCUCCCGAAGGGAAUUUACUUAUGGAAGACGAUGAGGUUGACAUCGACGUGAGAGUGGUAACCGAUGAAGACGAGAAUGAUCAAGAUGACAGUCCUAAGCAUCAGGUUCUUUUAAGCUAUUGUUGGAGGGCUGUUAAAGAGGCAAGUUCAUUACUAGGCAUCAUUCUGUCGCGUACUCCUACUACAGUGAAUGGCAUCAGUGAUGAAUUUUCAAUAAUUACCUAUGAAGAUUUCAUCUCCUCUGGAAAUUUAAUUCGUAAUUUGUUGACUAGUAUUCGACAUCGUGGUGCAUUUUCGUCCAUAUAUCCUGGAUACGCAGCAUCAUGUUCGAGAUUGCUCAAUUCGGGUGAUAAAUCUUUGAUAGACAUUGCAAGAGGAUGGGUUGAGGCUGACAUAGGCACUAUCCACAGCAGCAAAGUGUCUAUUACACGUAGAAGCGGCGGGCUUCCUCUCUGUAUUUUGGCAGUCGCGUCUAACGAACCAUCCAACCAUCGCAUAAUCCUUCCAUGGACGAUGAAAACACUUCUCAGCAUAGCGAUGAUACCACAUUAUCCAACAACUGAUGAAGCGCUCGACCUUCCUCAGGUUCACGCAUUCAACUCCAUGCGUACCAUUUUUAUGGAUUCUAGACUGGCAACCGAAGUGCUAACGUUCGUAGCAGAUGGAAUAAUGUUGAGUAUUAGGGGAUUCGCGUCGCAUAGUUGGGCAAUACGUAAUUGCUCCGUCAUGUUAUUCUCAGCGUUGGUUCAGCGAGUGUUUGGGACAAAAAAAGUGAAGGAAGAACAUCAUUCUGUCAAUAAACUUACGGGCAGGGAGUUUUUCUCGAGAUUCCCCAAGUUACACCCAUUUCUGAUGAAUGAAUUAAGAAUAGCCGUUGAACAGUUGGUUGAAGAUGACAAGAAAACGAGUCAUAUUCAUCCCGGGUUAUAUCCAGUGUUGACACUCUUAUCGAGGCUUUAUCCAAGUUUGAUGGAGAAUGCUCACUCAGUAUUAAGCUUGUCAACAUUUGUUCCACUUGUUAUCGAGUGCUGCAAGUCUCGCAUUCAAAAGACACGAGAGAUGGCUGCACGUGCCUUGACCCCGCUUAUAUCAUCUGACAAUCUACUUCAGACAUGUUUUGAUAUACUCUAUUCGUGCAAUCUGUCCAAUCAGAACGCACUUCAUGGACGGUUAGCUCAGGUUCAGCAACUGUUUCGGGGUCAUCUGAAAACCGGAGUAGCAUCUUAUAAGACUGCAAAAUUAUUUCUUACCGAGAUUCCACACGUAUUUGUUGAUAAACUCCAUAUUGUAACCCGCGAUAAUAAAUGUGCUGUGACGAGACAUUUGUUUCUGGAAAUAAUAUAUGAGUUUGUGUUUGAUAACAGUUGGAUUACUUUUGGAAUCAUCGAGUGUCAUAGAAAAGAAUAUAUCAUGCUUAUGGACGAAAAGUUUUCGAAUCUUCGCAGCAUAGUGUUCGAUCUAUGUCGAUCGGAAAUCUCUCCCGAUUGUCAUAACGUUGCGUCCAUUUCAUAUCAUUUAGUGAGAGAGACUAUGGCGAAAAUCAUUGUCAACUAUAUUCUCUCUCACGAGACAUUUACUGCUGAUAAUUGUAACACGAUCGUCGAAUUGUUAGCAGAUAAAGAUUAUGACGUACGUGGAUGCGUCCUGAAUCAGUUGAUUCAAAGGAUCAAAACUGUGAAUCAAUUCAAUUAUACUACUUUACAAAAGAAACUCGUUAGAAUGAUUUGUGACGGAGAACCAUCUAUGGACUGCCUUCAACGUACAGUUGAGCUGCUUAUUCUGCUUGACCCAGAACAUCCUAUUCCGCCGGCCAGCAGCGAAAGUGAUAUUGGGAUACACGAUUUUUGGAGAACUAUAAUAGAAUCUUACUUAGAGCGUAUGAACAGCCUAUUAGUGACAGAAUCAAUGUUACCUCUAUUGGGUGCGGUUCUGUCUCAAGCAUGGUUGCAAGAAUCAUCAAUAGAGAUGAAAAGCCAAUGCUUUACGAAAUGGGUUGAAUAUGCAGACAAAUACAGUCAAGCAGAUAUAAACUUGCGCUUGCGUGAAUCAACAAUGCAAUCGCUCUACUUUUUUUCUCCAUUUCUGUUUAAGGGCAGGAAGACGUAUGAUGAGAGAAUCACCCAACAUGUGAUGAUGCUAUAUGUAAUAAUUAUUCGAUUUGUGCAAGAUGACGAUAUAAGCAUCAGGGAAAGUGCGGCAAUGUUAAUAUCGAAGUCGAUGGAAUUGAAGGUCCCCGUAAAUUACGAAAAAGCGCGCGAGAUGUGUUACGAGUACUUGACAAAGCAAUAUUCAAGGUCACUAUACUUUUACGCCUCAUUAUUGAAAAUACUCACCGCUGAACACAAGCCAGAUGCUAUAUUAACAAAUGCAAUGAGUCCUCAACGUACGUUAUUUGCGGUCGAGAAUCCAAAUAUCUUUAAAGAAGACCUAAUUGAUGUCCAGCUAUCAUUCAGAUGUCUUUGCGAUGCAACGGCAGAUGCUGACAUACUGCAAAUUCCAGACGUAAUUUGCAACGAUAUACCUCUAUUUGCUGUAGGGCAAUUUAAAAGUGCUAUAAACAUAUUGAAGAAUGCCAACAAUCAAGGACCACUGGGACUGACUUCAAGAUCAGACGUCUUCCUUGUGACUUAUAGAACUAUUCUCAUGGUUAUACUUGGAUUGCGUAUAGCAAAUAAGAAGCGAAAUGAAAUUGAGAGGGGAUACAAUGAUAUCAUCGAUCAUGUCCAGCAGAAUAUCCAAAUAUUACAUCCUUUACUGUACGAGUUGCUGAUAAACAGUGUCUAUAAAGACAAACAUGGGAACGUACCGUUAUUUCUUACGUCUAGCAUCACUCAGAGUAGCAUUCAGACAGACAUGAAAGUUUAG